UCCUUUUUUUCUCUCUCGCUCUCUCAUCCAUCGCUCCCGCACACGAUUCUCUCCUUUCUCCCCCGUUCGUUUUUCAUUCAAAGUGAAUCCUACUCAUCCCCCAUAGUCGAAAUUAUUCCAUUUUGUCUUCUUCCGGUUUUUCGUGUUGCCCGUGAAAAAUUAUCGUCUAAGUGAAACGCCAAAAUUUUCGUUUUUGUGUUGGGAAUUUUUGUUUCCAUCCCACCAUCAGUUUGGAGACUACGUCAACGGUUCUAACAAUUAAACAGAAUACGAGAAUGACGUCAUCGAGAAGAAGUAGGCGAAUGGCAAUAGUGGCUUUGGUCUGCUGCUUUUUAGCCGGUUUGGUUGCAUCGAUGCCAGCCGGCGAAACCGACAGUCAGACCAUGUCGAGCAGCUCGUCCGUUUCGGCUUCGUUUUCAUCCUCUUCCGUCCAGCAAUCGGCCUCGGCUUCUGUUUCAUCUUCGGCAGACAAGAAACAAUUGCUCAAAACAACGACGACAUCGACGACAUCGACCACGACGACAACAACGACGACAGAUGCCGCUCCUAUCGUCGUUCCAUUAGACGAUAAAGAGCCACAAGCGCAACCCGAUUACCAGCAGCCACAGCCUCAACCCGAGCCUGAACCCGAGCCCAAACCUGAACCCAAACCUGAGCCCCAACCCGAACCUCAACCUGAACCUCAACCCGAACCUCAACCCGAGCCGCAACCCGAGCCGCAACCCGAGCCCGAACCUGAACCUGAACCUGAAUCCAAACCUGAGCCUAUGCCAGAACCCCAACCCGAACCUAAACCGGAACCGCAACCCGAGCCUAAACCUGAACCCAAACCUGUUGAGCCUGUUGAUUCUGAUGUCACUGAUCUGCAGGAUCUUCAGAAACCCAACCGCAAUGAGGAUUCCGUGCUGAAACCCGUUGAGGAAACCAAGGCCAACGUCGAAGAGGAAUCGAAUGUCAAUAGUAUCCAGCAGCAGCAAUCAGUUCGACCAGCUGAAAAUCGAGAAGACGCGGAGCUAGUGCAGCUGACCUACAUGUCCAAGGACGAUCUCGUGCACGAUGCGAUCGACGAAUUGUCCAACGAAGAUAGCAACGAAGAAGAUGAAGAGAGAAGCCAAAUUGUGGGGUUGGUGGGAUUGGCCGGCUAUGCAUAUCAGCAAGAUCAGGCGGUGGCUCAAGAGCAGGCCGAUUGGAAUGAGAUGAUGGGAGAUGGGCCAGCCGUGGAUUCUGAAGACGAUGACGACGAUGACGAAGACGAUGAAGAUGAAGCCAAUCAUCAGCUCGAUACGGCGGCUGCCACCAAGCCAGUCAAACACGUCAAGAUCGAAAAAGACGAUCACCACAAGAGCGGUGGUCACAUGGCUGAGCAAAACACGGCCGAUGAUGUGAAAGAUGAUGACGACGAAGACGAGGAUGACGAUGAUGAUGAAGAUGAGCAUCACCACCACCACCACCAACAAGCCGGUGCUGUUGGGGCGGUGGAGGACACCACGGACGAAAUGGAAGACGAUGAUGACGAUCAUGGAUCAUCUAGCCCCCAUCCAACCUCCAUGACGCAUCACAAUGACGACGAUGAUGACGAUGACGAUGAUUACGAUGAAACGACGGAAGAUCCUACCGCAAGUGGAUCGACUAUGAUGGCUUCAAUGAUGGCACUGAUCCUGUCCGUCGUUGUCGCCAGAUUGCUGGCUUAAAUCGAAGGUCAUCAAGCAAAUCAACCAAACAUCUUGCAUACAAAAAUAUUUUCUAGAUAUUAUUUAAAAAAAAAGCCCUCCCGUUUGUCUCUCCGAAAUUUAUUUUAAAUUUGUUUUUAAAGAAACGACAACCCCGAGUCUCAAUCAAAUUCUCCCCGACCCUUUUUAUUAUGUUAUUCGGUUUUUAAUCUCCUUAUUUACUCUAACUCGCUGUAACGUGCUUUUACGUAUGUCACAAGACACCAACGUAAAACUGUUUUUUUCUUUUACUUAUCCAAUCAUUUUAAAAAGAAUGUAUCAGAUCCUGCUAAUUUUUUAAAAUGAUAAUUGACUUGUUUGCAUAACCCAAAGCAAAAAUUUCAUCUUUUCCCCAGUGUCUGCAGUGAAAAUCAAUUUUCUUUUUGUUUCAAGUCCUAAAAAAUUUUAUGCUUUUGUUCCCUUCCCGUUUUGUCUUCAGAAAAAAAAACUGUGGGCCAUUGCAAUGGAGAUGAAUAAGAGAAAACAUUCACGUCGAGUUGGAUACUUAAAAACAGGAUAAGAAAAGAGGAAACACCCACUAUCAACCGUGAAGAAAGGAUACUUGAUGUAGACCCUGUACAGAUAUGCAAACGGAUAUCGACCAUUUAAAUUCGAAUUUUUGUUGAAAAGAAUUCAAUUGUUAAACCCCGCCUCUCCCUCGAAUGGCGAUUCCGAAUGCGGCUGCAUCUCUCCUUUACUUUUUUUUUAAUGAGACAAAUAAAAAAAAUCCAUGUACAAUAACAAUAACAUCUAUAUGGGUAUCGAGUAAUAAAUUCUUUUAGAUGAGUACCCCUCCUCAAACAA